AUGAAUCUGUCGCUCAUUGACCCGUUUGUCCUGGCACAGGACUACCCAGACAGCUUGACAGAGAAGCUGAGAAGUGGCCAUGCGACUUGUUUACGAUUCAACCACAAGGGCGACUACCUAGCCUCCGGACGAGUGGACGGUGUGGUGGUGAUCUUCGAUAUUGAAACAAACGGGGUAUCUCGCAAGCUGCGUGGUCACACGCGCCAGAUCCAGUCCAUCAGCUGGUCGCGGGACGGCCGAUAUCUCCUCACCUCCUCACAAGACUGGAAGUGCAUCCUGUGGGACUUGAAAGAUGGCUCCCGCGUGCGCACAGUCCGGUUCGAAGCGCCGGUGUACAUCGCCGAGCUACACCCAUUCAACCAUCUCCUCUUCGUGGCCUCCCUCUUCGAAGACCAACCCAUCCUUGUAGACGUCUCCUCCCCGAAACCAAUCAAGCGCAUCCUCCCCUCCGCACCGCUCCGUCCACAACCCACCAAUGGCGACGAAGUCGACCCAGCCGUGGCAGCACGGCAAGCCGCCCAAGAUGCAAAACAGUCGACCUGCGUAACGAUCUUUACGGCGUUGGGGAACCACAUCAUCACCGGGUCCUCGAAAGGGUGGAUCAACAUCAUUGAGACGCAGACAUGUUCAACGAUCCAUUCCAUGCGACUAUGCACCGGAGUCGUGAUCCUACUCCGCCUCGCCAGCAACGGGCGCGACCUGCUAGUCAACAGCUCCGACCGCGUAAUCCGCACAGUGCUAAUGCCGGACCUAUCACGACUAGGCAUCGAUCUCGAGCCAUCCAGCAUCAAGCUACAGGUCGAACACAAGUUCCAAGACGUGGUCAACCGGCUCAGCUGGAACCAUGUCACCUUCUCGGCGACGGGCGAGUUCGUCACAGCGACCACGUUCAUGAACCCAGACAUCUACGUUUGGGAACGCAGCCAUGGGUCGCUGGUCAAAAUCCUCGAAGGCGCGCGCGAGGAACUGGGCGUGGUAGAAUGGCACCCUUCGCGGCCGCUGGUGGUGGCCUGCGGACUGGAGUCCGGCUGCGUGUACAUAUGGUCGGUAGUGAGUCCCCAGAAAUGGUCCGCGCUGGCGCCGGACUUCGGCGAAGUCGAGGAGCAGGUCGAAUACGUUGAGCGCGAGGAUGAGUUUGAUAUCCACCCGGCCGAUCAGGUGCAUCAGCGCCGUCUGGACCAGGAGGACGAGGUUCCCGAUGCCCUCACCCUGGACCCAGUCAAGGGGUAUAUUAAUCUCGACGCGCUGGAUAGCUUCCGCAUGCCUGUCCUGCUGGACAUCACUGACAGCGAAAGCGGCGAGGAUAUCGUCGCCGUGGGCCCGGGAACUAUGCGUCGCCGUACCCCGGGCGCUGGGACUGGUGAUGCCGAUGCCAACGGCGCCGCCCGCGGCGCGGGCAGACGUCGGAGAUGA